AUGUCAACAAUUGACCAGAAUAGCCCUGCCUUUCAAGAGGCCAAAAAAAGGGCGAUUGCAUUUUAUGACAAUGAACACAAUCUUGGUUACCAUGAACGGAUGGACCUUUAUGUAUUUUACGAAGAACUCUGGCGCAGAACACUUCUUUUUGCAUCAAUGGGAUUUGCGACUGGUGUUACUCUUCCGUUUAUUUUAAAGAAAAAAAACAAGCUUCUGAAUCCUUUAUUCCCUAUUGUCGGUGGAUUUUUCGGGUUAUCUACUGUUCCAGCAUUGAUGGCACCACUUCUUUACAAUAAAAGCAUGAAAAAGAUUCAUAAGAAAUAUACUCAGGAUUCGAAGGUUAACAAAGUUCUUGAAGUGACACCGGAUCCUUUCACAAAAUCCUGGUUCUGGUCCAACUACUUUAAACAGUCAGCCUCAGAUCCAACAAAAAGGAUCAGGGAUCCACGAAAUCCCAAUGCUAUGCUCCCUGAAACGCAUCGCCCCAAAAAUGGCAUUCAGGGAUUUGGGGAAUAUAAUAGGUCGACACCAGAAAAUCCAGAGCUUACAUCUGCAUGGGACAAAAUAAGGCAUGAACAACAGACAGAACUAAAGAGCGGUAAUGGCACUAAUGAACUUGCCUCAGAGUAUUCGGAACAUUCUAUGAAUGAGGACUCAAACUCAAACUCCGAUGAACAAAGCAGAUUUUCAUCUGAUAGCAGCUCUUAUUACGGAUAUGCAGCACCAUCCAAUGACCCACAAUCACCUUCAUACAAUUCAGUUCAGUCUGAUAAUUAUCCAUUAUUGUCCUCGAGAGAUUCCUACUUGGGUAAUAAUAGCAACAGUAAUGGUAACAUUGAGAAAUCACAAAAGCAACAUAGAACGUCAGAAGAUUCGCAGUCAUACAAUUCAUCCUUAUCAGGCGCUGGGGGCUCUGAAACUAAGUCUGCAUGGGAUGUAAUAAGGGAACAAAAUGUGGAAAAGAAAGAUUAA